AGGGAUAGAAGCUUCAGGACAGAGAGAGAGAGAGAGAGCGAGAGAGAGAGGGUACUGAAAUAGAGAGAAAUUGCAACGGAGAGAAAGUGGGGGGACCGCGUAAAGAUUGUAUAUUGUCUGCCAUUUGUGCAGGCCAAUGAAAAAUAACAAGUAAUAUAAAAGUCAAACGUUCGAGCGACCGACAGAGGAGAUUAUUGCACUGUUAUUCUACAGAGGAAUAUAAAAAUGUCGUCUCCAAGUCCGGGUAAAAGGCGAAUGGACACCGACGUGGUGAAACUUAUUGAAAGUAAACAUGAAGUCACAAUCUUGAGUGGACUCAACGAAUUCGUAGUGAAGUUUUACGGACCACAAGGAACACCGUACGAAGGGGGAGUGUGGAAGGUCCGAGUAGAUCUGCCGGACAAAUACCCUUUCAAAUCUCCAUCCAUAGGGUUCAUGAAUAAAAUUUUUCAUCCGAACAUCGACGAAGCGUCAGGAACCGUGUGUCUAGAUGUAAUCAACCAGACGUGGACUGCGUUGUACGAUCUCACCAACAUCUUUGAGUCGUUCCUGCCCCAGCUGCUGGCCUACCCCAACCCCAUAGACCCGCUGAACGGAGACGCGGCCGCCAUGUACCUCCACCGGCCCGAGGAGUACAAGCAGAAAAUUAAAGAGUACAUUCAGAAAUAUGCAACAGAGGAGGCGCUGAAGGAGCAGGAGGAGGGAGCCGGGGACACCUCGUCAGAAAGCUCCAUGUCGGAUUUUUCGGAAGACGAAGCGCAGGAUAUGGAAUUGUAGUAUAUAGAGUCACCCCGUAACCACAGAGACUAUGUGAUUUCCUAACCAUGAGAAGCAGACUUAAAAUAUUCAUAUUUAAACAGGGCGAUUUUGUUUUUUCUGUUUUUUUUUUAUUACUAAAAAACGAAAACAAAAAAACAAAAAAAAAACAAGGAUUUUUAUGGAUAUAGCGUCGGUGUAUAUCUCACCCUCUUAGAUGUUCUUCACCUCUCGGUCAUUUCUCUUCCUGCCCCCCCACCCCCCCCCCACUUUAAGGCACACAACAUCUCCCCACAUUCCACUUUGGUAGCUGCAUAGCUCGAAUGCAUGUGAUCAUCCCCCCCCCACUCCACCCGGUCUACCGUACUCACGUGCGACUAAACUUCUAGAACAAAAUGGAGGGCCCCUCCUGACGGGGAGGCCGAGGGGAAGCUCGACUCUUCACCAUGUGACCCGUCGCCGUGGAAACGCUGUACUCGCGUUUGGGCUGCGACCGGAAAGUUCCCACUCCUUUAGCCCCCUUUUAAAGUUUUUUUUCCCCCUCUCUAUUUUCCUUUUUAUGACAAAAGAGAGUGUUGAAACUUGAUUGGAUAUGUGAAACGCCGUCUGGUACACUCGCCGAUCGUUACUACCCACUCAGCGUUGGCCUCUCUCCGCGGCUGUUUUUUUUUUUUUGGCGGCUGGUUUUCUUCCCUCUUUAAGUUUGUGGAUUGUUACAGAUACCGAAACGGGUGGCGGAAAUCUGAGUGGUUGUUCCGUGCCAUUAUCGCGUUUUGGCCUUCCUCUGGAUCGGACCGCCAAACCGCCGCCUGUCGUGGCACGUCCACCACCCGCCAUCCUGUCCAACCGCCCGCGUUUCCCGCUUGAAUUAGGGGACUAGCAGGCGGACGUCGAAACGUUAAAGGGGAUGUUGUUUCUGAAUACCAGGCCAGCGUGCUUGAUCCGCUGAUACUCACCGGAGAAUAGUGUUCCAAACUCCCUCUCACCAUAGACAGUGGUUUUCAGUACAGCACACCUGCUGACUCAUGCUAUUAGAAGCUACACGCGUGUGGAAUCCCGGUGAAUAUUUUUGAACAAAGUUCCUGUCCGAGUUCCUCCCCCCGAUUUCUCUCCCCUUGCUCUCUGAGCUCCAGCAGCCGUUCAGGGUGUCGCAGGCGACCGGCAGCCCGCAGGACGAGCUGCGCAGCGGAGCGUCCGGUCGCGUGACUGCGCAGCAUCCCCCUCCCCCUCGUGUCUGUGGGGGCGCGUUAUUCCCCUUUAAAUAACCACAGAGUGCUGCCGAGGGCGCUGGACACUGUCCGUAUCCAUAAAGCACAAUUAUUAUUUUUUAAGAUGACGUUUUGUUUCAUGAAAAGAGAAAUUUAAAAAGUCUGCCUGUACCCCCCCCCCUUCAUUUUAUAUCCCCAUCAGUUUCCAGAGAACUUUUUUCUUUUUCUUUUUCUUUCUUCUUCAGAACAUCCUUUUGUACACUGUGGCAUGAUACAGAAGUGAAGUUGUGUAGGGCUUCGUUGAGCUAAUAUGAUAAUAUUUAAGAGACGCUUCCGCUUGUGUGGCUUCUCUCUCGGGGUUAGAGGUGCGUACGUAGCGCGUGUUGGUUUUGCUCGGUUCUUCUUCACUAGAAGGCGGGAAUCGCGGUGGGGAAUCUCUGCGGGGUCCUCGUAAAACUCGUCGAACUUCUCAACUUGCCUAUCGCUUGUGCUAAACUAUAUAAAUAGGUGUUUGACUUACGUAGGGAUAGUUAGUUUGCUGGGUGGUGAAUUCAGUUUAAAAAAAAGUAUGGUUUUAUUACUCAUAGAAAUAGCUUUGUUUGAGCUAAUGGGGGAAAAAAAGGUGUUUGAUUUCAGUUAGUCUAUUCUGUGGAUUAAAAAGAUAUUCCAAAGAUGUGUACAUCCCUGCUUGUCCCUUUAUGCAAAUUCAGCAGACUUGUACAGGUCAACCGAUCUCUGAGUUCACAUAGGUUGCUUUUUUAAAUUUUUUAUUUUGGGACACAGAUUAACAGAGAAUUGCGUUUAAGGAUUAUAGCGUAACAACAGAGUGCGUAAGAUCGUCUUCAUGCAAAUGCAGAGAUGGAAAGAUAAACCUGUAAUAUGUGAUCAAUGCCACACUGGGAUAAAGGAUUAACCUUGUUUUUUUUUUUUUUUUUUUUUUUUUUUUUCUUUUCUUUUUUCAGUAUUCUCUUGAGGUCUGGCCGUUAAAGGUGGCUGGAUUUUCCAGCCGUGGCCUCAGAUUUUCGGAUCAGGACCAGGUCGACCCGUCGAUUUAAUGCCAAACAGAGUGGCCUGACUCUGCUUCCUGAGAUGGGGCAGGCGCAGUUGGCCGCUGUUACUCGGGUCUCUUCAGUUUGUCCGAGUCAGCUUACCCUUUACCCCGAGCUGUCUGUCUAUUCAUGGUAGGAAAAGGGGCUAUUUUAACAAAUUUAAAAAAUCUAAUAUUUAAUGGACACCGUUGUUAUAAGACGGGUAGUGGUGGUUCAUCUAUAUUGUACCGUAUGAGUACACUUGAAUUAUUACUUUUUUAAGUUUUUUUGUUUUGUUUUGGUUUUUUUUUUGCCAGUUUUUAUAUCUUUAUUUCUUCAAAUUUAUGCAGUAUUGUAUUCCAGUCAAAUUAAGAAAAUAAUUAAAAAUGCGGCUGUGUGUUAACAUGCUUGUGUUUAUUCAUUGGAAGGCACAUGCAGUGCAAGGGGGAGGCAGUCUUGCACAGAAGAGAGAGACCCAAGCGCUGGGGUUUCUUAAUUUUCCCUUUCUUUUAGGCUAUGGGCGAAGCUUGUUGACCUGCAUACACCAGUGUCUCGUGGAAAUGAGCCACAAUGGCCGCCUGCCUCUCAACCACACUCUGUUGCUAUGGUAGCAGCACAUGACAACAACAAUGUGGGACAAUCUGUGUAGAAAAAUGAAGUCAGUGGUUUUAUGUUGUGUUCCCUGCACCCCCCCCCCCUCCACUCCCCCUCUUGAACCACACUGACAUGAGGAAUAUUUAUAACCUUUAUCAACCUUGUUUGUUUUUAACCCUCAUGUCAAGUAAUAAAUGACCAGGCAUCCAAAAUUCUGAAGGAAAUUUAAAAUAAAUGUGCUUCCCUUGUAACUUUAAUAAAGUAAUUAAAAGGCUGAAAAAAUUACAUUUCUUCUGUUCCAGGAUUUUUAUUCAUACCUACAAAAAAAGGUAGCAACAGGCUUUUCUCCCUGAGGAUGUGACCCAGUUUUAAUACACAUGGCUUGUGUCUCCAUCACGUAUUACAAGACGAUGGGUGCAAGUGAGUGUAACCUCUGUAUUUUAACACGCACACGCGCUCGCACGAAGUCAGGGACAGCGCGAGCAAUGUACAGUUCAGCCUACUGGCUGUGGCUGGUUGCCUCUUGUCUCUUAGCAACGGGAAGAUAAAUUUCCGUCUUCCGCCAGCAGCUCCGGAGCUUGCGGCUUCGCGUUACUGUUCGGAUGGUGCAAGUGCAAGCGAACCGAACAGGGCUGACGCUAAGUUCUGUCCGUUUGUUUUGCUUCUUUACCGCGGGGCGUGCAGUUUCGGACACGACAAUAGCAACGUUACGUUAGCAGUCUUUAUUCGGUUCCUCGUUUGUGCGUGAUACUUGAGAAAUUUAAAGGGCGGUUUGAAUCCGUCCCGAGUCUAUUUCUCGCCCCCCCCUCUCUCUUCACCCUCCCACACUUUCUUCUCCGCUUGUUUCUUUUCCCCCCAUCCCUACCCAUUUCUUUGCAUUGUGAUUAUGUAGUGGGCAUGAGUGUCGUAAUGACAAAUGCCCUCUAUCUAUAGGAUUAUAACCUCUUAAAUAGUUGUGUACAAAUAAACUGUAAUAACUUCUUUUUUAAUAAAAAGCAUUAAAUGUGUACAAAA